CCGUCCCCUCCAUCAGAGAGGUAGGUAGCUGCACCCGUAUCGCCGUCCCCUCCAUCAGAGGUAGCUACACCCGUAUCGCUGUCCCCUCCAUCAGAGAGGUAGGUAGCUACACCCGUAUCGCCGUUCCCUCCAUCAGAGAGGUAGGUAGCUACACCCGCAUCGCCGUCCCCUCCAUCAGAGAGGUAGGUAGCUACACCCGUAUCGCCGUCCCCUCCAUCAGAGAGGUAGCUACACCCGUAUCGCCAUCCCCUCCAUCAGAGAGGUAGCUACGCCCGUAUAUCGCCGUCCCCUCCAUCAGAGAGGUAGGUAGCUACACCCGCAUCGCCGUCCCCUCCAUCAGAGAGGUAGGUAGCUACACCCGUAUCGCCGUCCCCUCCAUCAGAGAGGUAGCUACGCCCGUAUCGCCGUCCCCUCCAUCAGAGGUAGGUAGCUACACCCGCAUCGCCGCCCCCUCCAUCAGAGAGGUAGCUACACCCGUAUCGCCGUCCCCUCCAUCAGAGAGGUAGGUAGCUACACCCGUAUCGCCGUCCCCUCCAUCAGAGAGGUAGGUAGCUACACCCGUAUCGCCGUCCCUUCCAUCAGAGAGGUAGGUAGCUACACCCGCAUCGCCGUCCCCUCCAUCAGAGAGGUAGGUAGCUACACCCGUAUCGCCGUCCCCUCCAUCAGAGAGGUAGCUACGCCCGUAUCGCCGUCCCCUCCAUCAGAGGUAGGUAGCUACACCCGCAUCGCCGCCCCCUCCAUCAGAGAGGUAGCUACACCCGUAUCGCCGUCCCCUCCAUCAGAGAGGUAGGUAGCUACACCCGUAUCGCCGUCCCCUCCAUCAGAGAGGUAGGUAGCUACACCCGUAUCGCCGUCCCUUCCAUCAGAGGUAGGUAGCUACACCCGUAUCGCCGUCCCUUCCAUCAGAGAGGUAGGUAGCUACACCCGCAUCGCCGUCCCCUCCAUCAGAGAGGUAGGUAGCUACACCCGUAUCGCCGUCCCCUCCAUCAGAGAGGUAGCUACACCCGUAUCGCAGUCCCCUCCAUCAGAGAGGUAGCUACGCCCGUAUCGCCGUCCCCUCCAUCAGAGGUAGGUAGCUACACCCGUAUCGCCGUCCCUUCCAUCACAGGUAGGUAGCUACACCCGUAUCGCCGUCCCUUCCAUCAGAGAGGUAGGUAGCUACACCCGCAUCGCCGUCCCCUCCAUCAGAGAGGUAGCUACACCCGUAUCGUCGCCCCCUCCAUCAGAGAGGUAGCUACACCCGCAUCGCCGUCCCUUCCAUCAGAGAGGUAGGUAGCUACACCCGUAUCGCCGUCCCUUCCAUUAGAGAGGUAGGUAGCUACACCCGCAUCGCCAUCCCCUUCAUAAGAAGGGUAGGUAGCUACACCCGCAUCGCCGUCCCCUCCAUCAGAGAGGUAGCUACACCCGUAUUGCCAUCCCCUCCAUCAGAGAGGUAGGUAGCGACACCCGCAUCGCCGUCCCCUCCAUCAGAGAGGUAGCUACACCCGUAUCGCCGUCCCCUUCAUAAGAAGGGUAGGUAGCUACACCCGUAUUGCCGUCCCCUCCAUCAGAGAUGUAGGUAGCUACACCCGCAUCGCCGUCCCCUCCAUCAGAGAGGUAGGUAGCUACACCCGUAUCGCCAUCCCCUCCAUCAGAGAGGUAGGUAGCUACACCCGUAUCGCCAUCCCCUCCAUCAGAGAGGUAGGUAGCUACACCCGCAUCGCCGUCCCCUCCAUCAGAGAGGUAGGUAGCUACACCCGUAUCGCCGUCCCCUCCAUCAGAGAGGUAGGUAGCUACACCCGUAUCGCCGUCCCCUCCAUCAGAGAGGUAGAUAGCUACACCCGCAUCGCUGUCCCCUCCAUCAGAGAGGUAGGUAGCUACACCCGUAUCGCCGUCCCCUCCAUCAGAGAGGUAGCUACACCCGUAUCGCCAUCCCCUCCAUCAGAGAGGUAGCUACGCCCGUAUAUCGCCGUCCCCUCCAUCAGAGAGGUAGGUAGCUACACCCGCAUCGCCGUCCCCUCCAUCAGAGAGGUAGGUAGCUACACCCGUAUCGCCGUCCCCUCCAUCAGAGAGGUAGCUACGCCCGUAUCGCCGUCCCCUCCAUCAGAGGUAGGUAGCUACACCCGCAUCGCCGCCCCCUCCAUCAGAGAGGUAGCUACACCCGUAUCGCCGUCCCCUCCAUCAGAGAGGUAGGUAGCUACACCCGUAUCGCCGUCCCCUCCAUCAGAGAGGUAGGUAGCUACACCCGUAUCGCCGUCCCUUCCAUCAGAGAGGUAGGUAGCUACACCCGCAUCGCCGUCCCCUCCAUCAGAGAGGUAGGUAGCUACACCCGCAUCGCCGUCCCCUCCAUCAGAGAGGUAGGUAGCUACACCCGUAUCGCCGUCCCCUCCAUCAGAGAGGUAGCUACGCCCGUAUCGCCGUCCCCUCCAUCAGAGGUAGGUAGCUACACCCGCAUCGCCGCCCCCUCCAUCAGAGAGGUAGCUACACCCGUAUCGCCGUCCCCUCCAUCAGAGAGGUAGGUAGCUACACCCGUAUCGCCGUCCCCUCCAUCAGAGAGGUAGGUAGCUACACCCGUAUCGCCGUCCCUUCCAUCAGAGGUAGGUAGCUACACCCGUAUCGCCGUCCCUUCCAUCAGAGAGGUAGGUAGCUACACCCGCAUCGCCGUCCCCUCCAUCAGAGAGGUAGGUAGCUACACCCGUAUCGCCGUCCCCUCCAUCAGAGAGGUAGCUACACCCGUAUCGCAGUCCCCUCCAUCAGAGAGGUAGCUACGCCCGUAUCGCCGUCCCCUCCAUCAGAGGUAGGUAGCUACACCCGUAUCGCCGUCCCUUCCAUCAGAGGUAGGUAGCUACACCCGUAUCGCCGUCCCUUCCAUCAGAGAGGUAGGUAGCUACACCCGCAUCGCCGUCCCCUCCAUCAGAGAGGUAGCUACACCCGUAUCGUCGCCCCCUCCAUCAGAGAGGUAGCUACACCCGCAUCGCCGUCCCUUCCAUCAGAGAGGUAGGUAGCUACACCCGUAUCGCCGUCCCUUCCAUUAGAGAGGUAGGUAGCUACACCCGCAUCGCCAUCCCCUUCAUAAGAAGGGUAGGUAGCUACACCCGCAUCGCCGUCCCCUCCAUCAGAGAGGUAGCUACACCCGUAUUGCCAUCCCCUCCAUCAGAGAGGUAGGUAGCGACACCCGCAUCGCCGUCCCCUCCAUCAGAGAGGUAGCUACACCCGUAUCGCCGUCCCCUUCAUAAGAAGGGUAGGUAGCUACACCCGUAUUGCCGUCCCCUCCAUCAGAGAUGUAGGUAGCUACACCCGCAUCGCCGUCCCCUCCAUCAGAGAGGUAGGUAGCUACACCCGUAUCGCCAUCCCCUCCAUCAGAGAGGUAGGUAGCUACACCCGUAUCGCCAUCCCCUCCAUCAGAGAGGUAGGUAGCUACACCCGCAUCGCCGUCCCCUCCAUCAGAGAGGUAGGUAGCUACACCCGUAUCGCCGUCCCCUCCAUCAGAGAGGUAGGUAGCUACACCCGUAUCGCCGUCCCCUCCAUCAGAGAGGUCCGCACCGGCCGCAACACAGAGACCUUUAGGACCAACGGCGUCUAUGACCAAAUCUCUGAGGACUGUGCCUUCUCUAUCAUCUAUGGAGAGACCUAUGAAGCUCUGGACCUGGUGGCUAACUCUGCAGAGGUGGCCAACGUCUGGGUCACUGGCCUGAGGUAUCUGAUUCUGUAUGGGAAGCAUGCCAUAGACAUGAUGGCCAGCAGUGAGGACAGCCUUCGUCUCGCCUGGCUAGCAGAGACAUUUUCCUCUAUGGUUGUCUCAGAUGGACAGGGUGGAGGAGAGGUGGUGGGGAUCAGUUUGCGGUCGGCUGUAGGUCUGAUCAGGAGUGUUAACCCUGGGGUGAGGAGUGAGAAAGUGGAACACCGGUUUAAGGAGCUCCAUCGUGUCAAGGAGAGGAUGAAUGGGGCCGGGACAUCUGGAGUUGGAACUGUGGCUGAAGCAAAGGUUGGGUCUUCAGUUGUAGCUGUGAUUGGCUCAGGAGCUGGCGAUGAGGAUAGGGCUCCAGCUGUGACUGAAGCUGAGGAAAGGGAUGGGGGUGAAUCUGGAUCUGGGACUGGAGCAAACGCAGACAACAGAAAAGGAGGGAUAGAGGACAGGGUAACCAAGGAGGAGUUCAUUGAGGUCUUUCACGACCUUUGCACCCGACCGGAGAUCUACUUCCUGCUGGUGCAGUUCUCUAGCAACAAGGAGUACUUGGAUACCAAGGAUCUAAUGAGGUUCCUGGAGGUUGAGCAGGGCAUGGCUCAGGUGACUGAAGACACCAGUCUGGAGCUCAUCCAAUCCCACGAGCCGUCGGAGGAGGGACGUCGCCAAGGCUGCCUCUCAUUGGACGGUUUCACCAGAUAUCUCACCUCCCUGGAGUGCCACCUGUUUGACCCGGAGCACAGCCAGGUGUGCCAGGACAUGAGCCAGCCCUUAUCCCACUACUACAUCAACUCCUCCCACAACACCUACCUCAUCGAGGACCAGUUCAAGGGGCCCGCUGACAUCACCGGCUACAUCCGCGCUUUAAAGAUGGGCUGCAGGUGUGUGGAGGUGGAUGUCUGGGAUGGCCCUAGCGACGAACCCGUGGUUUAUACCAGUCACACCCUCACCUCGCCCGUCAAGUUCCACUGUGUCCUGGAUGUGAUCGGCCGUUUUGCGUUCGAGGCUUCGGAGUUUCCACUGAUCCUGUGUGUGGAGAACCACUGCUCCCCCUUCCAGCAGAGAGUCAUGCUCCAGCACCUGAGGAGGAUACUAGGGGAGAAGUUGUACACGAAGCCCCUCAGGGAAGGGGAGGUGUACCUGCCCUCGCCUAAUGCCCUGAGGGGCAAGAUCCUGUUGAAGGGGCAGAAGUUGGAGGAGGGAUGCGGGGGGGCGGAGGGGGACGUGACUGACGAAGACGAGGGGGCGGAGAUGUGCCAGAGGAUGAAGGCUGGUAACAGUGGAGAGGGAGCGGGGGAGGGGGUGCAGAAAGGUGGAGGGGGUGGUGGUACUAGUAGCAUUAAAUCCCUGACCCCUCCUACUACCCCUAAACGGUUCCAGCUCCUAAAGGAGCUCUCUGACUUGGUGACUCUGUGCAAGUCAGUACGUUUCACAGACUUCCAGAUGUCGUUCUCUAUCCAGAAACCCUGGGAGCUCUGCUCGUUCAAUGAGACCCUGGCUUUGCGCUGCGCCAGCGAGCGCCCAGGAGACUUUGUCAACUACAACAAGCGCUUCCUGUCGCGGGUCUACCCCAGCGCCAUGCGCAUCGACUCCAGCAACAUGAAUCCACAGGACCUGUGGAAGUGCGGUUGCCAGAUUGUGGCUUUGAACUACCAGACGCCUGGGUUGAUGAUGGACCUUAACAUUGCCUGGUUCCGCCAGAACGGGAAUUGUGGGUACGUGCUGCGACCCGCCAUCAUGCGACAGGAGGUGUCGUAUUUCAGCGCUGAUACAAGAGACUCUGUGCCGGGUGUGUCCCCUCAGCUGCUCCAUGUCAAGGUGAUCAGUGGUCAGAACCUUCCCCGUCCGAGGGGUUCUGGAGCUAAAGGAGAUGUGGUGGACCCGUACGUCUACGUGGAGAUCCACGGUAUCCCUGCCGACUGUGCCGAGCGCCGCACCCGCACGGUGAUGCAGAACGGAGACAACCCCAUCUUUGACGAGAGCUUUGAGUUCCAGAUCAACCUGCCAGAGCUGGCCAUGGUGCGCUUCGUGGUGCUGGAUGACGAAUUCAUAGGGGACGAGUUCAUAGGUCAGUACACCAUUCCCCUGGAGUGCUUACAGCCAGGCUACCGACACAUACCAUUACAGUCACUGAUGGGGGAGGACCUCCCGUACGCCAUGCUGUUCGUCCAUGUGGCCCUCACCAACCGGAGAGGAGGGGGAAAGCCCUACAAGCGGGGGCUGUCUGUGCGGAAGGCGAGGCGAGGGAGGGACUACGCUGCACUCCGGGACCUGGGGAUCAAAGAAGUGGACGAGGUUUUCAAAAUGGCCGGCCCGCAACUGAAGGAGGCCACGGACCUGCGGGAGAACAUGCAGAACUCAGUGGCAGUGUUCAGGGAGCUGUGUGGGGUGUCAGCGGUGGCUAACCUCAUGCAGUGUGUAUUGGCCCUGGGAUCCCGUGUGGUGGGGGCCGAUGGGGACCCCCUGAUGCUGUUUGAGCUAAGGGAGCAGUACCCCUCCAUGGAGCCCCAAGGGCCCCUGCCGGAUGUCCUACGCAGGGUGGUCUCCACCUACGAAACGAUGAUCCAGGCGAGCAGAGCAGUGAUGGAGCUGUCAGACGGAGUCUACGACAGGAUCCUACAGAUACAGACAACAGCCAUGAAGUUCCAUGAGACGUUGCAUUCCAUUGCAGUGAAGGAGGGGCUUAAGGAUCGUAAGGUCACCAGAGCUGUGGAGAGUUUCAGCUGGAACAUCACCAUAUUGAAGGGGCAGGCAGACCUUCUGAAACGGGCUAUGACGGAGGUGCAGGAGAACAUGAAGCAGGUACACUAUGCUGCCCUGACCUCUAACCUUAGUAAGGGUGUGACAGGAGAGGCGACCCGCCCCCGACGCAGCCUGGACACCAUCCAGGAGAGAGCUACCGCUCCGGCUAGAGGUUCCACUUAGGUACAGGUCUAGGACCAGCUUACCCACCUCAAAUUAUAUAUUAAAUCAAAACGGGGGAAAUGUCAACUCUGACUUUAGAUCAGUUUCUAAGGGCACCGUCAUCCUGAGGAUCGGCAGGUUGGCCAGAACUGACAACCAAGUUGCUACACGCACUCAAAAGUGAAUGGCUCCUUCUGCAUCUAAACCGCUUAGGGGCUGUUGGAGUCUAGUUGGCCAUUCUCUCCACACAACGAUGAAGAGAAGAAAGAUGGACUAAAACAAUUAAAAGAAAAAUACUCCUGUUAUACCACUGUCAGGAGGGAGGAGUAACAUCAAAGACACUGGAGACAGGAAUGUGGAGAGGAAUGAAGUCAGACAAUCAGAAUGGCCUGUCCCUGAAUGUCGCUGGAAAUAUGUUUUUAAUCCUACUCUCUGAAGUGUUUGAAUCCAGCUCCUAAAAGAACAAUCUGUAUCGCCGAGUUAUCGAUGAAGAUCCGUUUUAAAAUGUUUGAGCCGACAUACAGUAUGAAGCGACCGCGGGAAUAUUGUCUUUAAUUGUUGAUCGCGCUAUAAAAGCGUCUCUUCAGCACUAUGGAUUGAAUGGAGUCCUUGUUUUUUGUUGGGGGGAGUGGAGGGCUUUCAGGGCGAUCAAAACUACAGAACAAUGUGAAACUGAAUGAGACCGAAGUGAUAAAUUACGUGUGGGAGGAGGCUGAUUCAGAAUGUGUGAAUUGUGACUGCUACCAAUAAAAUAUGCUAUUUAGCAGAAAAGUUUAUCCAAAGCGACUUACAGUAGUGCAUGCAUACAUUUUGUUUUUGUAUGGGUGGCCUCAGCGGGAAUCAAACCUACGAUCCUGAAGUUGCAAACACCAACUGAGCCACUUCAGCUUCUCCGGGUACAGAGGAACAAAAGAAUGUAGACGUGUACAGAGUAGAAUGGGAAUCCCCAUUCAUGUAAAUUAUGCCGUAAUGUACGUGUCUGUCUGCAGGCUUUCACUCCCUUGUAGUUGACUGAUGAAUUAAGGGUGCUGAUUAGUAAGGAACUACCCUCACCUGUGGAUAUUGGUGGGAUAGGGUUACUGACUCAACUGUAUGAUCAAAAACAGUAUUUCAAGCACUCCUUCCAUAGCACCUUGACCAAUGCUUUUCUAGGUAGUUGUGUCACACUUCACAGUAUUAUCCUCAUUCUGUAAAAUGUUACUGGAUUUUUACAAAAUGGUGACUUCCGAUAAUAAAAUAAACAAACAUUCCUGACA